ACAAGUGUAUUCUUGGCUGUGGCUACUGGUUUUCAUUGGCCUAUACAUCAAUGCUAUAUAAACAACGCAUUUCUUCACGGCUUUUUUGAUGAAGAUAUCUUCAUGGAUCCUCCUGCAGGUUAUGAGGUUCCUUUGGGGAAGGUUUGCAAGUUGAAACGUUCAUUGUACGGCUUGAAGCAACCGUCUCGACCAUCGGAGGUGCUCAUUGCUGAAGUUAAGAAUUUUUUAGAUGCUACCUUCAGCAUUAAGGAUCUUGGAUACGCCAAAUACUUCCUUGGCCUCGAGAUUGCUCGCUCCACUGUUGGUACUUCAGUCACACAACACAAAUACAUUCAUGAUCUUAUCAUUGAUACUGGUCUUGAGCACUGCAAACCGGUCUCCACUCCCUUGCCACUUGGCCUAAAGCUCUCAUCACAUUCAUCUCCUCGUCUUGCUGAUUCGGAGCCAUACUGCAGGUUAGUGGAUCGUCUCCUCUACUUGGGAUUCAUUGCCCCGACAUCUCUUAUGGUUCCCAACAGUUGAGUCAAUUCCUUCACAAGCCAUGCCAAGUUCACAUGGAUGCAGUGCUCCAUCUUGUCCAUUACCUGGCCGGUUGUCCAAAAUUGGGUUUGUUUAUUCCUGCCUCUACUUCCUCCACACUCACGGCAUAUUGUAAUGCAGACUGGGGCAGCUGCGUGGAUACUCAUCAAUCUCUCAGUUGGUAUUGCAUACUUUUGGGGAAUGCUCUUAUUUCAUGGAAGACAAAAAAACAGUCAACCGUUUCUAGAUCGACGGUAGAGGCAGAGUACCGCAGUCUAGGUGCGACUGUAUGCGACCUUCAGUGGCUCUCUUAUCUCCUGAAGGAUUUUCAUGUUGCAAUCAGGACACCAAUUUCUCUAUACAGCGAUAAUCAAGCCGCUUUAAAUAUUGUUUCCAACCCCGUCUUUCACGAGUGAACGAAACAUCUGGAGAUUGAUUAUCACUUGGUGCAUGACAAAUUCAAAUCUGGUUUUAUUCUUCCUUCACACAUCUUUGGUAAGUUACAGCUAGCAGACUUGUUUACCAAGUCUGUUUCUGGUCCGUCCUUCACUACCUUCUUGCCCAAGUUGGGCUUGCUCCCUUUCACCCACGCCCAACUUGAGGGGGGGCUGUUGAAUUCUUCAAGUGCAGCUCAGUCCUCUUCCUCCAUGCCUGCAACAUCAGCAUCAUUUUCAUCCACAAACUCUGUUUCUGUUUCUGCUACUUGAAUAAAGUGUGUUUCUUCUUCUUAUGUUUUUGUUAUGUAUUUUACACCUUUUUUAGUUAGCCUAGGUGGCAGGUGACGUGGCGUCCAAUCAGUUUUUCUAUUAUUAGUUAGUUGUACAGUUUCUCUACUUCACAGACUUCUGCUUCUUGUAUUUAAGG